AUGGCUACAACCAACGACGAAGGCUACGGCCAACUAUAUAUGGUCAUCAAAGAUUUCCAUGCCAGGCUCGGCGAUGAGUUGACAAUCACUAGUGGUGAUAUUGUUGAACUCAUCAGUGACGAUCGCGAGUACGGCGACGGCUGGUACAUGGGGAAAAACCUUAAUACAAACAGCGCAGGCCUUUAUCCAAAAGUAUUCACCAGAGUAAAGGAGAAUCAGCCCACGGGUCAAAGGCCUGCCUUGCUAAGGUCGCGAUCUCGUCGUCUCACACCUCAGGGUCGUACGGUCUCGCAGAGCACAACUGCCUCGUUACAGUUGAAGGAUGUUCCCGAGACACCUCAGUUACAGAUGCCACCAUUGUCGUCAGGAUCGUUCGAAGUAAACGAUAACGUGAAUAGCAGUAAGACCAGCGCUGACACUAAUAAUAAUUCAUUUCAAGUUAGGGCUGCGAAUUCCGGCUUGGAUGGUACCGGACUGCCUGGCGCCAAUGAGAAAUCAGCAGCGUCAGUGGCAAACACAAGCAUAACAAGCCAGUCGUCAGGACGCCGUGAUCCGGUCAGUGUAUAUUCAUCUGUUCAUAGAGCUUUGAAUGAUAUUGAUCGAGCCUUGGAAGAACUACGAAUAGAUAACAACCCAGCAAACAAUGCUGCUAACGCAGACGUGACGGCUGCUAUAGGAGCCGCUGCAGCAUCGGCAGCCGAAGCCAUGGAUAAUUCAAAAUCUAUGGAUAGCGGCGCAAAUCUAGAUCCUGCAGAGGUGGAAACUUGGACCGGAGAGCAAGUGACUCAGUGGUUUUCUUUAUUAGGCUUUGAUAUCCAAUCUGCAGGCCAGUUUGCCCGUCAUAAAAUUAGUGGUGCCAUUCUAAUUCAGAUGGAGUUGGCUUAUUUGAAGGAGCUGGAUAUCGCAUCGUUUGGUACCCGGUUUGAAAUGUAUAAAGAGAUUGAGGAACUUCGAUUGACUGCAAAUAAGAUUCGGAAGGAUCAUCCUCCUUCUCAGACGCAACUAUCAUCCUAUGGUACUCCGAAUUCAAGAUCCCAUAAUCCAUACCAUCACGCUCGCAAGAGAUCACAAUCCAUGGAUGAUGUACAGGCUCUUGUAAAUCAACGGUCUGCAACUUCGGCUACACCAUCCACGUCAAAACAACCUCAAACGACAUCUCCAUCGCGUGUUAAUAACAAUGCACUUUCCCAGAGACCUCUAUCCAUGAUGAUUCAGUCUCCAUUUGCACAAAAACCAGCUCUUGGUUCGGAAUUCAUUUCAUCAAAUCCAGGGUCAGGUUCGGGCUCUUUAUCCAGUGCCAUUGAAGAGGAAAAGGAAAGUGGUCAUGGUGCAGCUACGGGGAAAGAUAGUGGGCCACAGGGCCAUCGAAGGACAUCUUCAGAAGCAAGUACCACUGUUCCAGUUAAGGCUACUGAUCCAACGAAGACUCAUCGCCGUUACUCAUCCUUGGCAAGCAUUCAACGCGAGCCUAGCCCAGUGAAGAAUAAAUCUAUCAAAUCCGAGCAUAGAUUGAGCCGAACCAAUUUAUCGCCAGAGCGCCGUGCAGUUUCCGCUAAAGAGAUUUCAUCUCAUAAGAAGGAUAGUGGUAAGAGAAUAUUAUCGGCUACUGCUGCAUUUCGUUCUUUAACGUCCUAUCGACCUUCAAAGGCGCAAACAUCUGCCUUUCAGGAAGGUAUCAGAGAUAUUACUCCUGGUCAAGCUGCCAAACAUGCUGAUUUUUCUGGUUGGAUGUUUAAGAGGGGAAAUUUGUCGAUAGGUUCGUGGAAGCAGAGGUUUUUUGUUCUAAACAAGACCAGACUCUCCUACUUUGGUUCUGCUAAGGAUACCAAAGAGAAAGGUCUUAUUGAUAUCACUUCCCAUCGUGUGGUAACCGCUACCGAGACGGAGGAUAAAUUAACUACAGUUUAUGCUGCAACGGCCGGUUUCGGUCGAUAUUGCUUCAAAAUUGUUCCUCCAGCUCCUGGAAGCAGAAAAGGCUUAACCUUCACGCAGCAGAAAGUUCACUAUUUUGUUGUGGAGACUCUUGAAGAGAUGAGAGGAUGGAUGGCAGCCUUGAUGAAGGCCACAAUCGAAUUGGAUGAGUCAGUCCCUGUGAUAUCAUCAUGCGUGACACCAACAAUACCGUUACAGAAAGCACAGGAACUACUUCAAGAGGCCAGAGUCAAUGCCAGAGCCAACAUGGAAAGCAUACAGAGAAUGAAGGAGAAGGAAAGAGAAAAGGAGAGAGAAAUGUCGGGCAUUGAGGAAUCAACCUCAACAGACGCUACUGUUGCAGCAGACUUCCAUGAUUCGGCAUCUGGAGAUACUACACAGGCAACGCAGGCAACACAACUAAGCCAAGGCUCCUCGCAAAUGGGAUCCCCACAAGCAACUACACCUUCUACUGCCAGUGCUCCAAGAUUGGAUGGCAGCAGGCAUUCACUUCCUGGGAAACCUCUGUCACCCGUUUCUCCUGGAAACGGAAUGUCCACUCCCUAUCUCAUCACCUCAGGACUGAUAUUACCUAACUCCGCAUCUACAAGUGAGAUCAGACGUCCAUCUAACCCAAACACUAAUCCUACACCAAUAAUAACUAGGUUGGAUGAACCUGAACAAGCACGUGAAGAUUCAAGCAGUACGCGUAGCUCUACACCAUUGAUGUCCGCUAUGGGAGCUAUGGGAAGAAGGGUCCUGUCCAUGAGGAGAAACAAGCAAGAUAACUGA